CACACUCUACGCCGCGUGCUGAUGCCUCUGCUUCCACAGCUCAUGGUUGCGCCCAUCAAGGAGCAGCACCCCAACUCAGAGGCCACAGCGCCUGGGGUCUCCGAGCCACAGGUGCCUGGCAAUGUGGCAAAGCACUUCAAUGCGAGGGGCGGCAAUCCAAUGGGUCUGCCAGCCAAGCGUGGCUGGAGGGAGCCACAACCCACUUCGGCCUUAGAGUGCACUGCCUCCAAACAAAUUGUUGCGGAAACAGAUAUGAAAGGGAAGGCCGAUGGUUAUGGCAGGAGUAGAACAGCCAGCACAUCUGGAGUAGAGGCAGGGUGUUCAUCUGCUCCACUGUCAGCGGGUGAUGCAGGAAUGGCUGUCCAGGAGGUAUCAAACACUGUGUGGGGGCCCCAUAGUGGGCCGCUAACCCCAGGAGGGUUUGCAAAGCAUCAUCAGGACCAGCACUUGGAAGCUGCAGGACAGCCAGGAACCUUGGAUGCUCCCAGUGCGAUGGAAACUGAGGCCAUGCCCGAAGAUGCCGAGAUGCCCCAGGUAGUGCCUGGGCAGCUCAGUAGUGACCAGCAGCCCGUCGAGCAGCCUGUGCAGCUGUUUGCCAACGACACUCCAAGGCAGCACAGGCGACGAGCCUGCAGCGUCCCUGAGGCAUCACCUUCCAGCUUUGUCCUGAAGAACGUGCACAAGCCUGUGGACCAGCGGGAAGCGUUUCAAAGGCUGGUGCACGAGCUGCAGGCUGAACCAUCUGUGAGCACAGUGCAGAGACUGGGGCGGUGUGCGUGCGAUCUGAACAAGGACGUCUGGGCUGAAACUCUGGCGCAGGUUGUGUUGUCGCUCCUCUCCCUGCUGUCCAGUGAGGACGAGUCGAUGAGGGAGCAAGCGCUCAUUGCUCUGCGUGAGGUCAUCGUCCACCAGGCAUCCCUUCUCCCAUCUUCCUUGGCGAAAGAGGUCAUUCUACGUGUGCUUGCAUGCCACAAGGACAGGGUUGGUUUGGUCCGUAUGGCUGCCGAUCAAGUCAUGGAAGAGCUGUGCCAACGGGUGGACCCUGGCCCCACUGUUGACACCCUCUCCGGAGCCCUGGCAUCUGCAACUGAGACCAGCCAGACAGUUGCGGGAAUGGCAAAUGCUGUUGCUUGCUGCAUUGUGAACAACACAGCCAGGGUGCUCAGGCGCAGCAGCGACUUUGCGGUCUCGAAAGCGCUGCAGACCAAGCUGAUGAGCGGCCUCCUUGCAGCGUACAACAGCUCCUGGGUGGACGUCAGGAAGAGUGUGGUGUACUGCUUGGCAGAAUUGUGGAACAGGCUGGGAGAAAGGAUGUCUCCUGAGUUGGCUGCGUUGACGCCUGCUCAGACAGCCCUCGUUAAGCUGUAUGCUGACAAGGUGAAGCAUAAGAACAAGGAGAAUGCAAAGCCAAGCAGCCCCCGUCCCGGUUCACUGCAGAGUUUGGUGUUGGCGUCGGCUCGGAGCACUCCAGGGGCUCAAUGA